GAUAUUCGAAGUCUGGAAAGCCAACCGUCGUCCCUCCAAGGCCACGCUCGAGGAAAAAGCAGCUGACCUCUACACAGAGGCAGUGCACGAGAUCUUUCUCCCCUUAGAAGAGGAGGUUUGUGAUACAUCGGCGACGGUGUUCCUCUCCAUUCUCUGCUUCUUCGGCCUGGCGGUGAGCUUCUUCGGAUAUCGGAUUUACAAAGUUGCCUUUGCGUUCUUCGCCUUCCUAGUGGGUUUCGGCUUGGAGGCCCUGGUAGGAUCGCACUGGAUCAGCGAAAUGCCGGAAGAGGCCAGCACGGUGAAGAAGGUGAUUGUGCUCGUAUGCUGCGUGCUAUGGGGAACGGUGGCAGCAGUGCUCGCGCGAAGGUGCCGGGAGGGCAUCGAAAAGAUGCUGGGCAUCGUCUUUGGCAUCUUUCUUGGCCUGGCUGCCACCUGCCUCCUCGUGUAUGCCCUACAGAAGCCACUGGAUUCUGCACUUGGUGAUGCCUACAAGGGCUGGGACCAAUUUGGAGGCGUCACCGUCGGAGUUCCACUCGCUUUGCUAGCAGGAUACCUCUGCAGAACCUGGGUGAAGCACUUAAUCAUGAUUGUCACCGCCUUUUUCGGGGCAUGGGCCGCCUGGCGCUGUGCCUCGAGCUUGCUCCGGUGUGCGGAGGUGGAAUCCCAUGUGCUAAGUCGACACGUCAUCAACCUGCUUAUUGUCGUUGGCCUGGGUGUCCUUGGCCUCGUCGCUCAGAUCUUGUGGCAACCUCGUGGGGAACGCAAGGUGCAGGAGCGGACGGUGGCAGGAAGCGUGUGA